GGCUCUCCAGGGCGCACCAUGGCGCUGCUCGUGCGCCUCAAGGCGGUGACCGGGCUGCGGGGCAAGGGGGACCGGCUCGCCAAGGCGGCCUUCAGAGGUCUCUCCUUCUACACCCGAGUACUUGAAAACUGCGAGGAGGAGGCCAGGUUUGAUGAGACCUUCCGGUGGCCGAUCGCCAGCAAUAUCGAUGGCAACGAGAUGCUGGAGAUCCAGGUGUUCAGCUACAGCAAAGUCUUCACCAACAGACUCAUCGGCACGUUCCGGAUGGUGCUGCAGAAGGUGGUGGAGGAAGGCCAGCUGGAGGUGACGGACACGUUAAUAGACGACAAUAACUCUGCCAUUCAGACCAGCGUCUCCAUAGAGAUCAGGUACCAGGCCAUGGAUGGCACCGUGGGCACCUGGAAUGAUGGGGAAUUUCUGGAGACUCCCAACUCCCAGUCGGAGGGCGAAGGCCCCUUGGAGACCGAAAGCCUGCUCCCUGGGCACCGGCAGGGCUCUGCGGUGUCUUCUGGCAAAUCCAACCCCAGCCUGAAACCGGCAGAGAGGAACUUCAGGAGAGCUGGGAAAGGAGUCUUUUCAGCCAUGAAGCUAGGCAAGAUACGGCCCCCAAAGGAGGACCCUCGCCGAAAGCAAGAUGAACCUGCCAUUCUGGAGACAGAAGACCUGGACCGGAAAGCCAUGCGGCUUGGAGGAGGCCUCGACCCAGACACCAUUUCUCUGGCUUCGGUCACAGCUGUUACCACCAACGUCUCGAAUAAGAGGUCAAAGCCUGACAUUAAAAUGGAGCCCAGUGCUGGCCGGCCAAUGGAUUACCAAGUGAGCAUCACAGUCAUCGAGGCCCGGCAGCUGGUAGGCCUGAACAUGGACCCCGUGGUGUGCGUGGAGGUGGGGGAAGAGAAGAAAUACACAUCCAUGAAGGAGUCAACCAACUGCCCCUACUACAACGAGUACUUCGUCUUUGAUUUCCACGUGCCCCCAGACGUCAUGUUCGACAAAAUCAUCAAACUGUCGGUCAUCCACUCUAAGAACCUCUUGCGCAGUGGGACCUUGGUGGGCUCCUUCAAAAUGGAUGUUGGAACUGUUUACAUGCAGCCUGAGCACCAGUUCUACCACAAAUGGGCCAUCCUAUCUGACCCCGAGGACAUCACGGCUGGCUUGAAAGGGUACCUGAAGUGUGACGUCGCUGGUGGGAAAGGGGACAACAUAAAGACACCACACAAAGCCAAUGAGACAGAUGAGGACGACAUCGAGGGGAACCUGCUUCUUCCAGAUGGCGUCCCUCCAGAGCGGCAAUGGGCCCGUUUCUACAUCAAGAUUUACCGUGCGGAGGGGCUGCCCCGCAUGAACACCAGCCUUAUGGCCAACGUGAAGAAGGCACUCAUCGGGGAGAACAAGGAUCUGGUGGACCCCUACGUCCAGGUGCUCUUUGCAGGGCAGAAGGGGAAAACGUCAGUGCAGAAAAGCAGCUAUGAGCCCCUGUGGAACGAGCAGGUCAUCUUCACGGAGAUGUUCCCCCCUCUGUGCAAGCGGCUCAAAGUCCAGAUCCGGGACUCAGACAAGGUCAACGACAUGGCCAUCGGCACCCACUUCAUCGACCUGCGCAAGAUCUCCAACGAAGGGGACAAAGGCUUCCUGCCCACCUUCGGCCCAGCCUGGGUGAACAUGUAUGGCUCCACCCGGAAUUACACCCUGAUGGACGAGCACCAGGACCUGAACGAAGGCCUGGGUGAGGGUGUAUCCUUCCGCGCCCGGCUCCUCCUCAGCCUCGCUGUGGAGAUCCUGGACACCAGCAACCCGGAGAUCACCAGCUCCACCGAGGUGCAAGUGGAGCAGACCACGCCGGUCGCAGACAACUGCACUGGCAAAAUGGAAGAGUUCUUUCUCUUUGGAGCCUUCCUGGAAGCAACCAUGAUUGACAGGAAGAUUGGGGACAAACCCAUCAACUUUGAGGUCACAAUAGGCAACUACGGGAACCAGAUCGACGGCAUGGCCAAGCCCAGCCUGAAGAAGAAGAAGGAGAGUGGGGACGGUGAGCAGGAGGACUCCGAGCUGCUCCAGCACUCCAGCGAGGAUGAGGCCGAUGACGACGGGGAGCUGGUCUUCGUCUCCUCGACUCAGCCAAUGAAGCCCCUGAUCACUGACAGGAACUACUUCCACUUGCCUUACUUCGAGAAGAAGCCCUGCAUCUACAUCAAGAGCUGGUGGCAGGACCAGAGGCGGAGGCUCUACAACGCCAACAUCAUGGACAAGAUUGCAGACAAGCUGGAGGAGGGGCUCAACGACGUGCAGGAGAUGAUCAAGACCGAGAAGCCGCACCCUGAGCGCCGGCUCCGAGGGGUCCUGGAGGAGCUGAGCAGCGGAUGCUUCCGCUUUGUGACCCUCACCAACAAAGAUCAGAGCCUCUCUGCCCGGACCCGACUGGACCGAGAGCGGCUCAAAUCCUGCAUGCGGGAGUUGGAGAACAUGGGCCAGCAAGCCAAGACCCUGCGGUCGCAGGUGAAGAAAAACACGAUGCGGGACAAGCUGAAGCUGGUGCAGAACUUCCUGCAGAAGCUCCGCUUCCUGGCAGAUGAGCCACAGCACAGCAUCCCCGACAUCUUCAUCUGGAUGAUGAGCAAUGGCAAGCGCAUCGCCUACGCCCGCAUCCCCUCCAAGGACAUCCUGUACUCCAUCGUGGACGAGGAGACCGGCAAGGACUGCACCAAAGUGAAGACGGUCUUCCUGAGGCUGCCCGGGAAGAGGGGCUUCGGGCCGGCCGGCUGGACGGUGCAGGCCAAGAUGGAGAUCUACCUGUGGCUGGGCCUCACCAAGCAGCGCAAGGACUUCCUGAGCGGCCUGCCCUGCGGCUUCGAGGAGAAGAAAGCCAGCCAGGGCCUCGGCCUCCAGGCCUUCCCGCCCAUCAGCCUCCUCUACACGAAGAAGCAGGUGUUCCAGCUCCGAGCCCACAUGUACCAGGCCAGGAGCUUGUUCGCCGCAGACAGCAGCGGCCUCUCUGAUCCCUUUGCCCGGGUUUUCUUCAUCACCCAGGGCCAGUGCACAGAGGUGCUCAACGAGACGCUGUGCCCGACCUGGGACCAGCUGCUGGUCUUCGACAAUGUGGAGCUCUACGGGGAAGCCCACGAGAUGCGGGACGACCCCCCCAUUAUCGUCAUUGAGAUCUACGACCAGGACACGGUGGGCAAGGCGGACUUCAUGGGCCGCACCUUUGCCAAGCCGGUGGUGAAGAUGUCGGACGAGGACUACGGCCCCCCGCGCUUCCCGCCCCAGCUGGAGUACUACCAGAUCUACCGGGGCAACUCCACAGCCGGGGACCUGCUGGCGGCCUUCGAGCUGCUCCAGAUCGGCCCGGCUGGCAAGUCGGACCUGCCUCUGAUCGAUGGGCCGACGGACACGGAGCAGGGUCCCAUCCUGCCAGUGCCCCUGGGGAUCCGACCUGUGCUGAGUAAAUACAGAGUGGAGAUCCUGUUCUGGGGCCUGCGGGACCUGAAGCGGGUGAACCUGGCCCAGGUGGACCGGCCCCGGGUGGACAUCGAGUGCGCCGGCAAGGGCGUCCAGUCGGCCCUGAUCCAGAACUACAAGAAAAACCCCAACUUCAGCACCCUGGUCAAGUGGUUUGAAGUGGACCUCCCGGAGAACGAGCUGCUCCACCCACCCCUGAACAUCCGGGUGGUGGACUGCCGGGCCUUUGGCCGGUACACACUGGUGGGCUCCCACGCCGUCAGCUCCCUGCGGAGGUUCAUCCACCGGCCUCCGGACAAGAAAUCCCAGCACUGGAACACUGCAGCUAAACUUCUCAAUGGCUGUUUGGCCCUGGCCAACGGAGGCCCAUGCUAUCAUCCCCCAGGUGAAAUUGUCAUCAACAUGGAACCAGAGGUGCCCAUCAAGAAGAUGGAGACCAUGGUGAAGCUGGAGGCUAACUCGGACGCAGUGGUGAAGGUUGACAUGUCAGAAGAGGAGAAGGAAAAGAAAAAGAAGAAGAAGAAAGGAGGGGGAGAGGAGAUUGAGGAGGAGGAGCCAGAUGAAAGCAUGCUGGACUGGUGGUCCAAGUACUUUGCUUCCAUUGAGACUAUGAAGGAGCAACUCCGGCAGCAGGAAGCGGCCGCAGCAGAAGCCGAGGAGAAGGAGGAACUGGAGAUAGCAGAGGGCUCUAAGGGCCAGGCAAAGACCAAGGAGAAAGUCAAGGUGCCCAAAGAGGACAAGAAGAAGAAGCAACAACAGCCACCUGAGGCCCCUGAGAAGAAGAGCAAACAGAAGAUUGACGAACUGAAGGUCUACAACAAAGAACUGGAAAUGGAGUUCGACAGCUUUGAAGACUGGCUGCACACGUUCAGCCUCUUCCGGGGCAAGAUCGGGGACAACGACGACACCACGACGGAGGAAGAGCGGAUAGUGGGCCGGUUUAAGGGUUCCAUGUGUGUUUACAAAGUGCUGCUUCCCGACGACAUCACCAAGGAGGCAGGAUACGACCCCAACUUCGGCAUGUUCCAGGGCAUUCCAAGCAAUGACCCCAUCAACGUGCUGGUCCGAGUGUACAUCGUGAGGGCCACCGACCUGCACCCAGCCGACAUCAAUGGGAAAGCCGAUCCCUAUAUCGCCAUCAAGCUGGGCAAGACAGACAUCAAAGACAAGGAGAACUACAUCUCCAAGCAGCUCAACCCCAUUUUCGGGAAGUCGUUCGACAUUGAGGCCACCUUCCCCAUGGAGUCCAUGCUGACGGUGGCCGUGUACGACUGGGACCUGGUGGGUUCUGACGACCUGAUCGGGGAGACCAAGAUCGACCUGGAGAACCGAUACUACAGCAAGCACCGGGCCACCUGCGGCAUCUCACAGACCUACUCCACCCACGGCUACAACAUGUGGCGGGACCCCGGGAAGCCCACGCAGAUCCUCGCCAAGCUGUGCAGAGAAGGCAAGGUGGACGGGCCCCACUACGGCCCCGGAGGGCGGGUGAAAGUCGCCAACCGGGUCUUCACCGGCCCCAGGGAGAUGGAGGAUGAAAACGGUCAGAAGAAGCAGACGGACGAGCACCUGGCCCUAGCGGUGCUGCGCCAGUGGGAGGAGAUCCCUCGGGUGGGCUGCAAGCUCGUCCCGGAGCAUGUGGAGACGCGGCCGCUGCUGAAUCCCGACAAGCCCGGCAUCGAACAGGGCCGGCUGGAGAUGUGGGUGGACAUGUUCCCCAUGGAUAUGCCAGCACCUGGCCCUGCCAUCGACAUCUCUCCCAGGAAGCCGAAGAGAUAUGAGCUUAGAGUGAUAGUGUGGAACACAGAUGAGGUAAUCCUGGAGGACGAUGAUUUCUUCACUGGGGAGAAAUCCAGUGACAUUUUUGUCAGGGGGUGGCUGAAGGGCCAGCAAGAGGACAAGCAGGACACGGACGUGCACUACCACUCGCUCACGGGCGAGGGCAACUUCAACUGGCGCUACCUCUUCCCCUUCGACUACCUGAUGGCGGAGGAGAAGAUCGUCAUCUCCAAGAAGGCGUCCAUGUUCUCCUGGGACGAGACCGAGUACAAGAUCCCGGCUCGCCUCACCCUGCAAGUCUGGGACGCCGACCACUUCUCUGCUGAUGACUUCCUGGGGGCCAUCGAGCUGGACCUGAACCGCUUCCCACGUGGUGCCAAGACGGCGAAGCAGUGCAGCAUGGACAUGGUGACCAACGAGGGUGACCUGCCCCUGGUCUCCAUCUUCAAGCAGAAGAGGGUGAAGGGCUGGUGGCCCUUUGUGGCCAGGAACGAGAACGACGAGCUGGAACUCACGGGCAAGGUGGAGGCUGAGCUGCACCUGCUGACAGCGGAGGAAGCGGAGAAAUCCCCUGCAGGGCUGGCCCGCAAUGAGCCCGACCCACUGGAGAAACCCAACCGCCCCGACACCAGCUUCAUCUGGUUCCUGAACCCCCUGAAGUCCAUCCGUUACUUCAUCUGGCACACGUACCGCUGGCUCCUCCUGAAACUCCUCCUCCUCCUCCUCGUGCUCCUCCUGGUCGGCCUCUUCUUCUACUCCAUGCCGGGCUACCUGGUCAAGAAGCUGCUGGGGGCCUGAGGCACCAUCCCUUUGUCCAUGUCGCCCCGACACCUCCUUCAUCUGGUUCCUGAACCCGCUCAAGUCCAUCAAGUACCUCAUCUGUACCCGCUACAAGUGGC